AGGUGUCGAGAGGGGACGGGGAUCGGGAAGGACAGCCCGACAGUCCAAUUGCCAAUUUGCACCGACGAUCGGAAGUUGCGUAAGAUCCGGAAACAUUAAGGGGGAAAAAAAAAAAACGAUGAGCUUGCCGAUGAUCGACAUCGCUGGGUUUCUUGAGCCGUCCUCGACCCCGGAAGCUCUGCAAACGAUUGCCGACAAGAUCCACGCGGCGUGUCUGACGACCGGGUUUUUUUAUCUGAGCGGGCACGGGGUGACGGCGGAAGAAGGGGAACAGAUCUUGAGGAGCACGCGGGCGUUCUUGGUGGACGGGACACCGGGCGAGAAAGAGCGGCUGUCGAUCGCGACGAACGACCAUGCCCGGGGCUACCAACGGAUCGGCGAUAACGUGACUGGCGGGAAGAGCGACUGGCACGAGGCCUUGGAUCUCUAUGCCCCCUCGCCCUUCCCCCAUCUUCCACAACUCGAGCAGCUUAAAGUCUUGGCCGGUCAGAAUAGGUUCCCCGCCCGUCCAGCUGACUUCCAACCGGUCGUCGAGAACUGGAUCCGUCGCUUGUCUGAGCUCGGGCUCGUCCUCAUGAGGGCUACCGCAAUGGGACUCAAGAUGUCCUUAUCGGAAACCGAACAGUUGCUCGAUCAGGUUCGGAACUCAUUCUGGGUCUUGCGCUGUAUUGGUUAUCCGCCCUUACCAUCCACUCAUGAUGGUGUUUCUUGUGGAGCACAUAAAGAUUACGGCUGUUUCACCUUCUUGCAUGCCGACUCAACCAAAGGAUCGUUGCAGGUCUACGUGCCUAAAGCAAAAGCAACUCAUGAUGAGCAGGAACCAGAGUAUCAUUGGAUCGAGGCCAACCCGAUCGAAGGCGCUUUCGUGGUCAACAUUGGGGAAAUGUGGGAAACGUGGACGAAUGGGCUUUACAAAGCGACGCUCCAUCGAGUAGUUCACAAGAGUAACAAUUACCGAGUCUCAGUUCCAUUCUUCUAUGAGCCGGCUUUCGAUGCCAUUGUGGCCCCUUUGCCAGCGGCCAUCCGGUUGCAACAACGUCUGCAAGGUAAACAACUGGUGGAGAUCGUCAAGAAACCGGUCCAGUAUGGCGAGUUCCUGAUCAGUAAAGUCAGCCGAAAUUUCUCCACUUCGGCCGACUCCGACGCUCAAAGGCGUGAUCGAUAUUGAUUGUUUGUCGGAUCCGUGGAUGGACGAGUGCUUCCACUUUAUGAUCAGAUUCACAAUCUUGUACCAUCAUCUUUAGGUUUGCAAUGUAUUAUUAUCAUCUUUAGGUUUGCAAUGUAU